UUUUGUGUGUACAUCAAAGUAGGCCUCAUUUUAUUUUAUUUAAAUAGAAAAGUGAAAAUUGUGUAGCAUAAUAAAUUUUUUUAAUUCAGUUUGAUAUUGUCAGAGAUAGAAAUACUAUUCAAAAUGUCUGAACAUUCAGAAGAGCAUAUCUUAAAUGAACCAAAAGCUGAAUUUCAGCAGCCAAGGAUUAAUGAAGUUGCUCAGAAAUUUUUGGCCGAUUUGGAAGAAGAGCGUCAACGUUUGGGUGAAUCUUUUCCUUUGUGCAAACUUUUAAUUGAUGAAACGUUUGAUAAAGUUUUUUCCACUGGUCGAAUACCUGGUAAGGAAUACUAUGCAGAUGUGUACAAGCAAAAGCCAAUAAAAAUAAGUCAAAAAGUAUUUGUUCCGGUUAAACAAUACCCAAAGUUCAAUUUCAGUGGAAAGAUUUUGGGUCCAAAAGGAAAUUCUUUAAGACGCCUGCAGGAAGAGACUCAAUGUAAAAUUGCCAUUAAAGGUCGUAAUUCUAUGCGUGAUCGAAAUAAGGAAGAAGAAAUGCGCGCUUCAGGCGAUCCCAGAUUUUCUCAUUUAAAUAGGGAUUUGUUUCUUGAGAUCUCCACCCUUUCAAGUCCUGCAGAAGCUUACGCACGCAUUGCAUAUGCUCUAGCUGAAGUUCGUAAAUAUAUUGUUCCAGAUAAGAAUGAUGAAGUAUCUCAUGAACAAUUUCGGGAACUUAUGGAGAUCGAUCCACAAUCAGUUAAGCAGCUGAAUGGAUCCCACCCGUAUAUUAACAAAUCUGUUCUUGAGAAAAAAAUUUCAGGCGGGUCUACUGGUGUGUCUAAGUAUAUGAAUCUCAUACGUAACAUUUCAUAUGAUCAAAUGGAUCCAGAAGCUGAAGUUGUAGCACAAUCAACUUACAAUCCGCGUUUUGCAAAUCGCCAAGCUCAGCCAGCUUAUGGUUACGCAAAAGAUAGGGCAACAGCACCAGCAGGCUACAAGCGUCAACUAGUGGGUCCAUAUACCACAGAUGCAAAACGAUUCCGUGAAGGUCCCAUAAAAGCUUUUAAGCCCCAUUCUUAUUCUAUUUUAAAUAAAUAUAAAUAAUCACAAAUAAAUAUUACUGAAUAAUACUAUGACCGCCACAAA